UUGUUAUGGCUUUAUAAAGUGUGGAUAUUUGUUUGUAGAUUUUAAUGAGACUUAAACCGAAUACUGUAAAAUCAUUUAAUUUCGUGGGCAUGACAUUUCUUGAUUUUGAUCAAAACAGCAAUUUCGUGGGGAUAUGAAUUUGUGGAUUUCAACUUAUAAACAUAAAAUGAAUGGGAAUUUUACUUGUUUGGUGGGAUUAAAUUUCGUAGAUUGACUCAUCCACGAAAUCGACGAAAAUUAGUCCUCCACGAAUAUUAAUGAUUUCACAAUAUCACAAUAUAUGAAGAAAAAUGAUACGUUUUUAACAUUCGUGUGAUUGGUGAAACUAGAAUAAGAGGAAUAACUAUUUGUUUGCUAUUUCAUUUUUGAAAAAGCAAAGGAUCACGAAGAGUUUUUUUUAAAAAAUAAAAUCAUUUCGAGAGAAAUACGUUAAAAAAUAAAUAAUUCAUUGAAGCUAGUUCAGUUUCCUUGGCGUAUAAAGUAAGGUUACUGUUAAGGUUUUAGGUGCAUUCCUGUGCUCUGUAUUAACAAUAUGAGUCAAGAUAAACUGACAGAAAAGGCAGUGAGGCAAUUACUGUAUGAUGAAUCAAGUGUCAUGUUGUCUGUAGGUCGACCAGGACCAACUUUCCCUUCUUGUAGUGAUAUACUAACAACUGCGACACUCGAGCUGGUAGGAGAUCCACAGGAAGAACAGUACACAUUUCAGUAUGGUCCGUGUAAAGGUGACCCUGGUUUCUGUGAUGAGGUGGCCAAAUUUCUAACAGAACAAUAUGGAGAUACUGUUGACAGUCAGGACAUUAUGGUUACCGCAGGGGCAACACAAGGGUUACAUUUGGUUGCUACGGUGAUGUUUGAUAAAGAUACACCAGUGUUCAUGGAGGACCCUACAUACUUUAUUGCUGUUAAAAUUCUCAGGGAAGAUUUUGGAAUGAAUAUCAUACCAAUUCCUACAGGUGAUGAUGGUAUGGAUUUAAAGAUUCUAGAAGAACAGUUGAAGAAACACAAGCCAGUAUCUGUAGACCACUGUAAAACUCCAUUCUGGGGAAUGGUGUAUACUAUACCAACAUUUAACAACCCAAAAGGAUACUCCAUGUCUCCAGACAGAUGUAGAGCUCUGGUGUCUCUAGGAAGGAAGUAUGAUGUAAUGUUGUUUGCAGAAGAUGUAUAUAACUUGUUACACUAUUCUGGUCAGCCCCACCCACCACCUAGACUUCUUUCAUUUGAUAAAAGGUCAGAUGAAGAUUUUCAAGGUCAUGUGAUAUCAAACUGUACAUUCUCCAAAAUUCUUGCCCCAGGAUUGAGGACAGGCUGGAUAGAAGCUCCACCCAGAAUCAUGCAGUACCUGGAGAAAAGUAAAACAGCAUGGAGUGGUGGAUCCUUUAAUCAUUACACAUCAAAACUGAUGGCUACAGCGUUAAGGAAAGGAUUGCUUACUUCACAUCUACAACAACUUAGAGAAGAAUAUACAGAAAGGAUGCGGAUAGCCUGUGACGUGCUUGCCAAGAAACUACCCGCUUCAGUCAAAUGCAAUAACCCACAAGGAGGAUUCUUUAUUUGGUUAGAGUUACCUGCUCAUAUUGAUGCAAUGGAGUUGCUGCAACUUGCGGUGGAUAAAUAUAAAGUCAACUUCAUAUUUGGUGCCAGUACAUCCCCAACAGACAGCUGUAAGAACUGUGCCAGAUUGUCAAUCAGUUUCUGUAACAAGUCCCAGCUACAAGAUGGUGUCACCAAAUUCUGUGAUGCUCUCACAGAAAUGAUGAAUCAAGCAACAUAGUAAUAUACAUAGAUAUAGGUUGUGAAAUCCUGACUGAUAUUAUUGAAAUUCAUAGCUAAAGUAUUACAGUAUUUUUUUUAAAUUGAUUAAUAUAUAUCAUUUAUUUUUAUGGGACAGUAGAAAUUGUCAACAUUAGGAGAAUACUGUUUUAUGUGGUGAAGCUGAUGCUGACUAUUUUUCUCCUGUGAUCAGAGGUGGAGCCUCUGCUGACUGCCUUUACUGUCUUCAGAGGUGGAACCACUGCAGACUGUCAGAGAUGGAGUCAUUGCAGACUGUCUUUCCUAUCUUCAGAGGUGGAGCAGAUGCUGUCUCUUUCUCCUGUCAUUAGAGGUGGAGCAACUGCUGACUGUCUCCUGACUUCAGAGGUGGAGCAGAUGCUAUUUCUCAUGUCAUCAGAGGUGGAGCCCAUGCUGACUGUAUUUCUCUGAAUGCUGACAAUACCAAUUUAAUUGGGAUGAGAUUAAUUACCAAGUUUGAUUUUAAAAUAAUACAUCUCCAUAUUGUUUAUUCAGAUAUUUUGAAGUAGAUCAUAAAUGUCCAUUGUGAAUUCAAAUACCAGUUUAUUUUAUCAAGCUCUUACUUACACAGAUGAGAGUAAUCAUAUGCAGCAGAUGCUUAUUAUGUAAAGAAAGAAUCAUGUCUAUUUUUAUGUGACACAUGUAGUAAAAUCUCCAAGGAGUAGGCAUAACUCUGCAGAGAUUAUAAGGAAUUUAUAUGACUGCCUGUGUAAGAUGGUUUUUUUUCCAAACCCAAGGAAUAGUGUCCAAUAUACAAUAAAAUUUUUUUUAGCUCACCUGAGCACAAGGUGCUUAGGAUGAGCGAUUGUGAUCACUCGCCGUAUGUUUGUCAUCUGUCCACCCAUCCACACUUUUCUUUAAAUGACAUCUUUGAAACAGUAUGGCGGAAGUUGAUGAAACAUGGCUUUUCUUCAGAAAUUCUUCAAAUGGUUCCGCUUUGUUGCAUAUAGGGGUUGCGGAACUAAAAAGUAGAAAAAUCUUCAAACAACAUCUCCUAAACUGCUAGUCCUAUUUUGCAACUAAUUCACACAAAUCGUUCUUCUGUGACUACCUACCAAGAUUGUUCAAAUUAUUCCAGUUUGUCAUAAAACUGGCCACCAGAGGGCACGGUCACUUUUCCUUUAAGUAUAUAUACUGGAAACUCUGAACACCAUCUUUUAUGAAACUGCUGGCCCAUUUCUGAUAUAAUUUCACACAAAAUGUCCUUGUGUAACCCUCUACCAAUGUUGUUCAAAUUCUUAUGAUUCAUAAAAAACAUGGCCACAGGAGAAAUCUAGGUCACUUUUCCCUAUAUGUACAUAGUAGAAACUUAAAAAAUCUUCCUGUCAGAAAUAGCAGGCCCAAUAUUAAAAUAUGUUUACUCAAAUGUCCUUUGGUGACCCUUUAUGAAGAGUGUUCAAAUUGUUUGAUUUGUCAAAAAACAUUGCAGCCAGGAGGUGUAGUCUCUUCCCCUAUAUAUGUAGAGGAAACUUUAAAAAUCUUCUUGUCUGACAUUGUCUCCUAGUAUCCCUAUGUCAUCAUUCACCCAACCUCUUAUUCCACCUCCCCCACCCCACCCCACCCCAUCCCCCACCCAACACAUGCACACACAUUACACAACCAUGUUUAUCUAUUCAGAAAAAAACUUAAAAUAUUCUUGUAU